CUUGAAUGACCCUGGCAGGAAUCCCACAGCAGGCCUACCGUUGAUUGAACCCAUGGUCGUCCUUGUCUGGCCUUGGAGAUCAUAAAUUUGCGACGCCGUCCUUCGUCGGCCCAGGCACGAAACAAUCGACCAUGCCUCCCAGGAAACAAAGGGUGCUCGGCCUUACCAGGCAUGCAACAAGACCCUUAUUGAAGACAAUCGGUCAGCAACCACGAGACGGCCCUGCACGCAAGAGGUGCAGGACUCCCGAGGACAUAAAUGCUCCUCCGGGGGACUCUGACGCAGAGAGUUCCGAGGGCGCAUCUGAAGACAACAUGAAUUCAUCAUUCCAAAAAGAAAAGGCCGCAGGCUCCCGGGGUGAGAGAGAGGAUGUCUCUCAAAGCGAUACAGACUCAACCCCACGGGGGGAUAUUCGAGCCACCGCCUUUCGAUCGGGCAAAGCCGCCAAGGCUACUCUUACUUCGCAGAGCCGGGGCACGAGCCGGGCGCCACUAGGUAAACGAAACACCAACAAGGUGGGCACCGAGUCUAGAGGUAUCAAGCGUGACGCCGACGAUCUGGACGAUCCCGAUGAUAUUGAUGAUCCGAGACCCGUCAACGCUUCGGCUUCUCGGAGAGACAACGGGAAUCGCUCGUCUCCCGGUCCCAGUUCCAGGGAGAGUGUGAGUGUGAGUGACCAUCACACGAAUGCGUUCAACCUGCCGAACGUCAAGCAAGCCAGCAGAAAAUAUGGCAAAAAGGCUCCAAAGCCAUCUCGGUCUAGACCCCAGGUCUCCGAGGAAAACCACGCACCGUCUCAAACCUCCAAACCUGCGUCUUUUCAAGUCCCGGUGGAUCUGCCCCCUUCGAGCCCCGUCGCCAAACCAGCAGGUUCGGGGGCUUCUAAACGUCCGGGUAUCCGGAUACCCUCAGACUUGCCAGGCUCGGACUCCGAGUCAGUCGGUGCGAAGCCAAAGGCGUCACUCAAUAUCCCGAUUGAUAUGCCUGAGGAGCCGACCGGCAAAGGAUCUCGCACGGGGGUAACGACCAAGCUGAAACGUUCUGGCAUUGACACGAAAUUGCCGGAGGUCUCCUCGAAGCGAUUGGAGACCGCACUGUCAAACCCCGCGUUGGAAAUCCCGGCCGAUUUGCCGGGCGUGUUGGGUCUCGAUAGCCCUUGGAGAGAUGAACCGCUCGAGGGACGAAGACAGACGCCUCCGGACUUCACGUUAGGAACGGUCCAUGGGAGUACCACCACCCCAGUUCGCAUUUCGUCCGCGAAGGAGGCGCCAGCGCGAUGCCCCAUGUGUUCCCAGCCCGUCGACGCGGCCUUGCUUCGGAGCUUCACGCGUGGAGGCCACCUGAACAUCAACAGGCAGCUCCAGUUCUGCCGGUUACACAAGAAGAAGACGGCGGAGGCGACGUGGGAAGAACAAGGAUACCCGACGAUAGACUGGGACGCCCUGGCGAGCCGGUGCUGUCGGCACGACAAGUUCCUCCGGCGCAUCGUCAACGGCGGGGACUCGCACUACCGGUCCCUGCUUGCCGCCAGGGUGAGCAAGGGCCAGGAGCGGACCAUCCGCAAGACGGAGCGGAGCCUCGCCCCCGGCUACUACGGCCCGCGGGGCAUGCGCGCCAUGUCGGAGCACCUCGUCGGCCGCUUUGCCGCGACCUUGCGGAGACGCGCCGUUGAAGAUUCCAUCGUGUCGGCGCGGGGUACUGCGGUGUUCGUGUCGACGGUGCUGGUGCCCGAACUGGCGGUCCGGCUGAUCAUGGAAGACAUGCAUGUCGAUCCGGAGGGGGCGAGAUCUAUCCUGGAGGCGAGCGUGGAUGUCGGCGAAUUGCUGAACGAGGAGCUGCUCGACACGGUGCAGGAUCCGAUAAGCGACAAGGAUAAAGAUGCCGAGGACGCAGACGUUUUUGUUUAGGAGCCGCCCUUUGCAACCCCCACCGCCCGUGUUCUAACGUCGAUAUGUUUUAUGACUUUUGCCUCUAUAUCACUACGCAUUGUGUGGCAUAUGUACAACUGACUUUCUCAAUCUAUUGAUCUCUCGAGGGCUGUCUGCCCAACGAGGCAAUUACUCAUAUUUUAUCAUGACCAA